CCGAGCUUAUUCCAGACAGGUGCAGGCGCUGCGAGGCCGGAUCCCUUGCGUCACCGAGCCCACCUCCUAGGGGAUGGGGUGGGGUGUGUUUCCUUGACGGAUUUUUGUAAGACCCAUCUGGCGGUGCGGAGACCAUGGCCCUUCAGGGCUCCCGAGCCCCGCUGGAAUUCGGGGGACCCCUGGGCGCUGCGGCGCUGAUGCUGCUGCUCCCUGCCAUCAUGUUCCACCUGCUCCUGGUGGUUCGCUCUGGGCCGGCGCGCCUCCUGGGCCUACCCCCCUACCUGCCGCGCCCCGAGGCUCUGUGGAGUCCCUGGGCACUGCUGCUGUGGCUCACCUGGCUCGGCCUGCAGGCGGCGUUCUACCUGCUGCCUGCACGCAAGAUGGCCGAGGGCCAGGAAUUGAAGGACAAGAGUCGCCUGCGCUACCCCAUUAACGGCUUCCAGGCCCUGGCGCUGACAGCCCUGUUGGUGGGCCUGGGGGUGUUGGCGGGGCUCCCCCUAGGGGCGCUAACAGAAAUGCUCCUGCCCUUGGCAUUUGUGGCCACCCUCACCGCCUUCAUCUUCAGCCUCCUUCUCUAUCUGAAGGCUCUAAUAGCCCCUGCCUCCGCCCUGGCACCUGGAGGGAACUCAGGAAAUCCCAUUUACGACUUUUUUCUGGGACGAGAACUCAACCCGCGCAUCUGUUCUUUUGACUUCAAAUAUUUCUGCGAACUGCGGCCUGGCCUCAUCGGCUGGGUCCUCAUCAACCUGGCCCUCCUGGUACAAGAAGCAGAACUUCGGGGGGGUCCCUCCCUGGCUAUGUGGCUGGUCAAUGGCUUCCAGCUACUCUACGUGGGUGAUGCCCUCUGGCAUGAGGAAGCUGUCCUCACCACCAUGGACAUCACACAUGACGGGUUCGGCUUCAUGCUGGCCUUCGGGGACCUAGCCUGGGUACCCUUCACCUACAGCCUGCAGGCCCAGUUCCUGCUGUACCACCCGCAGCCCCUGGAGUUACCCAUGGCCUCCAUCAUCUGCCUUCUCAAUGCUGUUGGCUACUACAUCUUCCGUGCAGCCAAUUCCCAGAAGAACACCUUCCGAAAGAAUCCUUCUGACCCCAGAGUGGCAGACCUUGAGACCAUCUCUACAGCCACGGGGAAGCAGCUGCUAGUGUCGGGGUGGUGGGGUAUGGUCCGCCACCCCAACUACCUUGGAGAUCUCAUUAUGGCUCUGGCCUGGUCCUUGCCCUGUGGGGUGUCCCACUUGCUGCCCUACUUCUACCUCCUCUACUUCACCGCGCUGCUGGUGCACCGUGAGGCCCGGGACGAGCAGCAGUGCCUGCAGAAGUACGGCCUGGCCUGGCACGAGUACUGCAGGCGUGUGCCUUACCGAAUUGUGCCCUACAUCUACUGACGUGCCUGGCCCUCUGCCAGAACACAGCACCAGGAGCCUGGGCACAAGACUCAAAAGCUUGUGCUCAAUCCUGCUGUGAGCCCCAACAGGCAGGAUGAACAGCCUCAGAGAGGUGGUUUGGAACAAGGAGAAAAUGAAACCACUACCCAGAAAUGGAUUGGAGCAGUUGCUCU